AUGUCACCCAAAUCCAGUCCUGUUAAAGACAUAGGCAGUGUUAUUGAGUUAAUAAAAAAUAUAGGUCCCAGCAAGAAAAAUCUUUGGCUUGCAACAGUUGAUGUAGCAUCAUUGUAUACAAUCAUAUCGAAAGAGCUAGGUCUCAAAGCAAUAGAAGAUGAAUUGAAGAAUGACCCUGAAAUGUCCAACUCUGCUCUGGAAAGACACAUGGUCCUCAAGACGGCAUCAGAAAGCUUUCUAGAUUGUAAUAUGGGGACGGAUGGUUACUGUUUCACCAUUAUAGAAGAAGAUGAAUCUGGACUUCCUGUGAUCACCUUUGGCUGUUUAGGACUAGAAGGUUCAGACUUUCAAUGCAGAGAUACACCUAUUCCACAUCAAAGGAGGUCUAUUGAAUGUUGUACAGAUGAGGACUUUUGUAAUAGAGAUCUUCAUCCCACUCUGCCCCCAAUUAAAAAUAAAGACUUUGUUGAUGGCAGUAUCCAUUACAUGGCUCUUCUGAUCUCAGUGACUGUUUGCAGCAUCAUCCUGGCUGUCAUCUUAAUAUUCUGCUACUUCAGGUAUAAAAGACAAGAGGCUAGACCUCGUUACAGUAUUGGCUUGGAACAAGAUGAGACGUAUAUACCGGUUGGAGAGUCACUCAAAGAUCUCAUUGAACAGUCUCAGAGCUCUGGGAGUGGAUCAGGGCUCCCCCUACUGGUACAAAGGACUAUUGCAAAGCAGAUUCAAAUGGUGAAGCAGAUUGGCAAAGGGAGGUACGGAGAAGUGUGGAUGGGCAGAUGGCGUGGAGAGAAAGUGGCCGUCAAAGUGUUCUUUACUACUGAAGAGGCCAGCUGGUUCAGGGAGACUGAAAUCUAUCAGACAGUGCUCAUGAGGCAUGAAAAUAUUUUAGGAUUCAUUGCUGCUGACAUUAAAGGAACAGGAUCCUGGACACAAUUGUACCUGAUUACAGAUUACCAUGAAAAUGGCUCCCUCUACGAUUACUUGAAGUCCACCACCCUCGAUACAAAAGCCAUGCUGAAACUGGCUUACUCAUCGGUCAGUGGGCUCUGCCACUUGCACACUGAAAUAUUUGGGACAAAGGGGAAGCCAGCCAUAGCUCACCGGGACCUUAAAAGCAAGAACAUAUUGGUGAAGAAAAAUGGAACGUGCUGUAUAGCAGACCUGGGAUUGGCAGUAAAAUUCAUUAGUGAUACCAAUGAAGUGGAUAUACCCCCAAAUACUAGAGUUGGCACUAAGCGCUAUAUGCCUCCUGAGGUUCUUGAUGAAAGCCUAAAUAGGAACCAUUUCCAGUCGUAUAUAAUGGCAGACAUGUACAGCUUUGGACUCAUCCUUUGGGAAGUUGCAAGAAGAUGCAUAUCUGGAGGUAUAUUAGAGGAAUACCAGCUGCCCUAUCAUGAUGUUGUACCAACCGACCCGUCUUAUGAAGACAUGAGGGAAAUUGUCUGUAUCCGGAGGUUGCGACCCUCAUUUCCGAACAGAUGGAGCAGUGAUGAGUGUCUGAGACAGAUGGGGAAACUGAUGACAGAAUGUUGGGCCCACAACCCAGCUUCCCGCCUCACAGCUCUACGAGUGAAGAAGACACUAGCCAAAAUGUCAGAGUCUCAAGACAUCAAGCUUUGAUUUGAUACUUGACUACUUCAGUUAGAGUAUAUGAGGAAAGUGGACUUAUUUUUUGUGACUGAAGACCCUUAAGAGAAAAUGAGUUUGUGCACAUUGAACAUCUGUGUUUACCUUGAACACCACAAAUGUCGAGACUGGUGGGGACUCGCCAGUGAUGAUAUGGACAAUCUGUAGACCUCCAUGACUCGGGAUGGUGUACACAGGAAACAUGGCUUCAAUGACUAGAUGAAACAAUUAGCAUGUUGCUUUCCGUGAAAGCAAAUACGUUUUUAAUGUUUGAAACAAAAGACAGAUUUCUUUAAUCUUCUGAUAAUAAAAAACAAUGUAAACUGAAGUUUGAUAUAUGUCUAGAAUCAUGAUAUCACGGCAAAGAAUAUCAACACCUUAUUUCUGACAUUUAAGAAUAUGUCAAAAUUGAAGACACAUCUCAUCGAAUUUUUCUUCUCAUCCUGUUUGUCCUGAAAAAUGAUUUGUUGGCAGUUUAGGUCCAUGAGCCCAGGUUGAUAUAAUGGUGCAUCAAAUAAUAUUCAGCCAACAUAAUAUCACUUGUGCUGAGAUUUAAAUCUAUGUUCACAUGUAGUGCAGGGAACAGCUGUGUAUGCAUACAGACAGGGUCAAGUGGUCUGUAGUGUGGUUAGAAGACCUGGAAAUACUUUCUACUGCGCUGUCACCAUGACUAAUACCAAGAUCACAGUAGCAGAAAUUUGAGUCUUUAGGGCCAUCUAGGAGGAGAAAGGGUGUCAGGGUCUGAAUAUAACUAUUCAACCUUGAAAUCAUUAUCAAAAG